AAGAACAGGAGUAAUAUAGUAAGGAUGGUUAGAAGAAAGAGUGAGAGCUGUGAUUGUUAGAAGACAACCAGCUAAUGGUUACAUUUUGAAGGAGCGUAUUUUCUGAAUAGCAGACUAACAGUUUAGACUUGCAUGACGACUCCUUAGGAUCCAAGUAGAAUCGCUAGGCAAUUGUAGAGAGUAAAAAAUAAAGGCACUGCGACAGCUUGUAACAAGAUUUAGAUUCCCUUUUUAUUUUUUUUUUCCCUUUAUUUAUUCAUAACACGUUUUAAAUGCAACGCUGUUUGAUAUAUGAGAAAACGAUGGCAGCCGAGACGAGGAACGGCGGGAGUUCACUGAACAACAAUAACUGCAAAGACCACAGCAGGAGAAAGUUACUGGUCGGAGUGGACCUCUUCUGCUUAUUUUUAGCCGGCCUGCCUUUCUUGGUCAUUGAGACCAGCGCUGUUCAGCCUUACCGUAGAGGGUUUUACUGCGAUGAUGAGUCCAUCAAGUACCCGGCCAAAAACGGAGACACCAUUAGCGACGGUGUGCUUAGUGCGGCUGGCAUUCUUAUCACCAUCCUCUCUAUCAUCGUCGGGGAGAGCUACAGGAUCUACUUUCUAAACGAGGGAUCCAAGUCUUUUGUAGGGAACCCCUACAUAUCGGCUCUCUACAAGCAGGUGGGCGUGUUCAUCUUCGGCUGCGCCAUCAGCCAGUCUUUCACUGACAUUGCCAAAGUGUCAGUGGGCCGAAUGCGCCCUCACUUCCUCGAUGUGUGCAAACUUGACUUCUCCACUAUCAACUGCUCCCUGGGCUACAUCACUGUCUACCAGUGUCAGGGGCCAGAGAGCAAAGUUCAGGAGGCCAGGAAGUCUUUUUUCUCUGGACAUGCAUCAUUCUCCAUGUACACCAUGCUUUACCUGGUGUUUUACCUGCAGUCUCGUUUCAAUUGGCAUGGAGCUCGCCUGCUGCGCCCUCUGACCCAGUUCACCCUCAUCAUGAUGUCUUUCUACACCGGCCUGUCCCGUGUCUCUGAUCACAAGCACCACCCAACUGAUGUCCUGGCAGGUUUUGUGCAGGGAGCCCUGGUGGCCUACUGCAUAGUAUUCUUUGUGUCUGAUUUGUUCAAACCCAAAGGUAGACGCUCUACCCUUUCACCAACCCCAGUGAAGAAAGAUCUAGUUCCUCCAGCGGACAACAGAGAGCGGAGUAACCAUCUCAUAAUGGCAUAGAGAAGGCUUCAAUCUGACUGUACAUAACCCUGACCGGUGACUUUUUUUUUUAAGUCACUGCUACAGCCACUGGUCAAUACUGGAUACAAAUAAACUCCCAACAAUCUGGAUAAUGGAGACAAACUAUGGAAUCUUGAGCGUCUCAUAGGAUGAGAGAAAGAGGUCUAUGGAAAACUGUCAACCAAGUUUUGCUUUCUCAAUGGAAAUGUUCAUCUUUUUCCUCCAGUCUCACCAGCCAUUUUAAUGUGGAAAAGAGAGAGGAAUGGGGAUAUUUGUACCUCUUCUGUUAUGAAGAUUAUUUGAGAUUCUCCUCUGUCAAGGCCUUUCCAUGGACACAAGUCUGAAAUGAAACAAAACUGAGAAAUGGCAGCUGUAAUCAAAGCUGUGUGUGGCUUUUGUGCCUUCUCCCCUCAGCUGCAUUCAGCAUGGGAGCUACUAUUAUAUUCCUGCCACUCACUCACUCACUCACUGUGUGACUAAUACAAACAAAUCAUGACAAAAAAACAAAUUCCUUGAUUUCAUGAAGGAUGUUGUUUUUGUUUGGUUUUAUUACAGACAUAAGCAUUGUAUGUGUGAUUUAUAGCACUAUUUUAGCGAAACUAAGUCCUGUGUGUAUCCACUUGAAUUACCUAAAGUGAAGCUUUUGGAAAGCUUUGUAAGACUAUAAUGCCGUGUUCCUUAGAAGGUGCACAUAAGUUACACUAGGUGGAAAGUACAGUGAGAACGUAUUUGUUGGAUGUGGGCCUCUUUCUGCUGGCUAGGACGAGCCCCCACUGAGCCAUUUAAUGAAAUGACUGUGUGUGUGUGUGUGUGUGUGUGUGUGUGUGUGUGUGUGUGUGUGUGUGUGUGUGUGUGUGUGUGUGUGUGUGUGUGUGUGUGUGUGUGUGUGUGUGUGUGUGUGUGUGUGUGUGUGUGUGUGUGUGUGUGUGUGUGUGUCCUUUCUGUGAGCGUACCAAUGUGUCUUAAUGUCAUGUCUAUAUAUUUCAGUGUUUAUAGCCUACAAGUGUGCCUCUCUUCAGCCAGAGAAGUGGCACCUGCUCCAACAGACACGUGUAACUCGAGACGGGAACACUGUGGGGGGGGAAAGCAUCUAAUGUUACCGUUACUAAUCGUAGUGAUGAUUCACAUCACUGAGAAAUCCUGUGAUACACUGUAUCCUACACAGGCAUACAGUAUAUACAUAUAUUCAAAAUAAAGACAGGGACGUCUAGAACAUUGGUUACUUAAAGUAGCCUUUCAGUAUCAAAGCACAAUUAAGCAAUACAGUUUAAAAAAAAUUAUAUUUAUGGCACAUUGUAACUGCGUAUUAUCUCAGUCUUGUAAUACAAUAGGGCAGGCAAUGAGGCUCUGCAUUAUUAAAGACGAAAAUCAUUACAUUGAAUUUUAAAAGUAAUAAUGAUGCUAAUAUGUUUGCUUGACAUUGAUGUUAUUAACUUUUUAGCAAAAAGAGUAAUGACACUUAAAACCACUGACUGAAAGCAUCUUCCUCAGCUUUAAGUUACUGAGACAAACUUUGAUCUGAUGCUUAUAAGAAACUAUAGUUCUUUCUUCAUACAUGGCUUGAAAAUCUAUAUACAGCAUCAGAAGAUUCUGCAUGCUACCAUACAUUGUACAAUAGUGUAUCAUUUGUAUAUAUACAUUAUAUCUUUUGAAGAAACGCCCACUAUGACUUGUGUGUCGAGACCUGUGUAAAUGUAAAACAUGCUGCUUUAAAGAGGCAAAGCUUGGCAGAUGGCAUCAAGUAACGUUGACAACUUGUGAAAAUUAAGUUUUAUGAAAAUCAAAGCUCUCAAGGCAGACGGCUUCAGUCCAUGUUUGUUUAAAAAAAAAUGCCUUUCAAUAUUUUUGUAAUGUGAAAUUUUGUACAAUGAAACUGUAAGAUGUAUCAAAGAUAAAUUGUCUUUAAUAAAACAAAAGGUGAAGAGCAGCA